UAGUUUCGACAAUUACAACCAGUUAUAAAAUUCCAUUAUCUCCGUUAGUAGCUAGCUAGCUCGCUAAGUGAAAAAUGGCUGCAGCCAUAGCCAACUACAACAUCAAAAUGAACGAACUCACAGCCGACCUGGCUGUGGAGGGAUUCCAAUCAGCUGAAGUGGAUGCUAUAAUGAAAGCAGUUAGAGACGACAAGACAUGGAACGCAAUUGAGAGGAAUGCCAACCUCCAAGGUUUAUGUGGUAUUCCUACUGCAAAAAAGGCAGACGUGACAGACAUUAAUGUAAUAGAGAUGGCAAAAUUUUCAGUGGACAAGUACAACGAGGAGGCUGGGACCAAGCUGGUGUUCAUGAAAGUGAUUGCCUGCGCCUUGUGGAAUCUAGGUGUUGUCACUGUCUACGCGCUUCUCAUUCAAACUCAGGAUAGCAAGGGCACAUAUAUUGAUAAAGCAGUGGCUGUUGAUGUCACGAUAAUCGGAAAGAAACUCUUAUGGUACAAACAUUAAUCAAGAGCUGCUCUUGAAUUGAGAAUGAUUAACGUAUUUUUACUAAAUACUUCAAUUAUCUGGUCUCUGUGUGUGGUCAAGUGUUAUGUGUGGAUGUUUAAAAGAAUAGAUGUAUUGCUGAGAUGCACCUCCCUUGUACUGUAAUGAAUCUUGAAGGUGCCAAGAAUGCACCAAUAAAUAAAUAAAACCAGCUGUGUGUGUUUGAGUUCA